CGUUGUUAUAUAGUUUCUACUUUCUACGCUUUCAAAAUGUUUUUCUAGUCUGUGGUUGUUUGAUGUUUCAUGUUUGUGCUGAUUCUGAUUUUAUUGAGUUCUAUUUUUUGAUUAUUAAAUCGUAUAAUGGCAGAUGUUUUGGACAUCGAAAAUUCCGAAGAAUUUGAGGUCGAUGAAGAUGGUGAACAGGGAAUUGCAAGAUUAAAGGAGAAAGCAAGAAAACGUAAAGGUCGUGGUUUUGGUUCAGAAACUGGCGGAGGUACUGAGAGGGGUAAUCGUGGAAGAUAUGACAGCUUAGCACCUGAAGGUGAUGGCAAUACACCUGGUCCACAAAGAUCUGUAGAGGGUUGGAUUCUAUUUGUGAGCAAUGUUCAUGAAGAAGCACAAGAAGAGGACAUUCAGAAUCAGUUUUCAGAAUUCGGAGACAUAAAGAAUAUACAUUUGAAUUUAGAUAGACGGACUGGUUUUCUCAAAGGAUAUGCUCUUGUUGAAUAUGAGACUUAUAAGCAAGCUGCUAGUGCCCGUGAAGCGCUAGAUGGUACAGAUAUCCUUGGCCAGACAAUUUCUGUUGACUGGUGCUUUGUAAAAGGACCUACAAAGGGGCAUAAAAAACGACGAUAGUUGUAAUUCUAAACAGGCUUGAGCAAUUGAGUGGACUUACUUGAACAAAUAGAAGUUGUCUUUGCUAAAAAUAAA